CUCCUGCCCCAUCUCCUUGGGCUGCCCCUCUGCCUGGGUCCUGAGCCCUGGCUCCUCCUGCACCUCCUACCUGGAUCUCCAGCCUGUCUGGGCCUGGGCCUUGGUUGGGAUUCUCCCCAUGACACCACCUGGACGUCUAUACCUCCCAAGGGUGCGUGGCACCCGCCUCCUCUUCCUGCUUCUGGGGCUGCUACUUGCGCUGCCACCUAGGGCCAAGGGACUCCCUGGUGUUGGCCUCCUGCCCUCAGCUGCCCGGGCUGCUCAGCAGCACCCCCAGAAGCAUUUUGCUCAUGGCACCCUCAAACCUGCGGCUCACCUUGUUGGAGACCCUAGCAUGCAGAACUCUCUACGCUGGAGAGCCAACACGGACCGUGCCUUCCUCCGCCAUGGCUUCUCUUUGAGCAACAAUUCCCUCCUGGUCCCCACCAGUGGCCUCUACUUCGUCUACUCCCAGGUGGUUUUCUCUGGGGAAGGCUGCUCCUCCAAGGCCGUCUCCACCCCUCUCUACCUCGCCCAUGAGGUUCAGCUCUUCUCCUCCCAGUACCCCUUCCAUGUGCCUCUCCUCAGCGCCCAGAAGUCUGUGUGCCCAGGGCCACAAGGACCUUGGGUGCGCUCAGUAUACCAGGGGGCUGUGUUCCUGCUCACCCGAGGAGACCAGUUGUCCACCCACACAGAUGGUAUCUCCCACCUGCUCUUCAGUCCCAGCAGCGUCUUCUUUGGGGCUUUUGCUCUGUAGGACUUGGAAAGAUCCAGAGAGAAAAAGAAAUUGGUUUCAAGUCCUUCUCUCCAUUUUGCCUUCGUUCUGACCAUUUCAAGGGUCACCACCACCUCUCCUGUGCCCGUUCCAACCAUCGCCUCAUGUCUUCCCCACUCAAGUCACUUGAAGCUUUCAAAGAAGAAAUUCCAGGCACUCCAGGGACCACAGCUCCCUGAAUCACCCUGGGUAUUCUACUGAAGAUUUCAAGCCUGCCUAGAAAUUCCCAACACAGAGCUCUUCUUCUGUCCCAGUGGUCUAGGUGGGGCCUUGACCUGGACAUGGAAGAGGAGUAGACACAUGGGGCAGCCUGGGUGGAUGACUAGAGGCAGGGAAGGGGGACUAUUUAUGAAGGGGAAAAUUAAGUUAUUUAUUUAUGGAGGAUAGAGAUAGGGGAACAAUAGGAAGGCAUUAGAAGAGAGAGUUGAACAAGCCCCAGAGAUGGAAAGUGAGAAGGUAUCGGCUCAGAGCUCACCUAGAGAGAAAAGUAGGACUAAGGGACCGAGGGGCUCUAGAAGGAAGCGAAAGGCUCUAAAAGCCAGCCACUGCCUGACUAGACACCCACAAGGAGCCAUCUGCUCCCUCGAUAAAGCCAAAUAAACCUCUUUUUUCUCUGAAA